AUGGCAAACAGCGUACAAACAAUAGGUCACAAGCUCGGAAGGUCAGAGACAAGGAAAUAUUCUACCCAUCCAGACGAUCCUGAAAUAAAAGUAUCUCUCUGUCCUUGCAAUGAUCCUUUUGUAAACCUGGAAAGGCUAAAUUCGUUUGAAUAUGAGUGGACAAGGAAAGAAAGAAGUACGCGACCUGAAUAUAAACUACAAAGAUUGCUGGGAUUGAGGGACGUACUUAAUCAUCUCCUGAUGCCAAGAGGAAACUUCCCAGAUUACUUGGAAGCAGACAAAGAAACUCGAUUUGCUGUUAUAGGUUUCUUGACAUUUAAGGAUGCCUUUCAAUUAUACUCUUCGCAAAUAUUAUUUGAACAAGUUGAUGAAAGUAGAUUCACUCUUGACAUCCUGGAUGAACAGAUCGGACUUUCAGUGAACAUUGUCAAGAUAGUAAAUGUUAGAUACAUAGUUCUUAAGAACAUAGUAGAUUUACCAGGUUUACUGAUUCAUAGUAAACAACUUCAGGAACAAAGCAAGGAUAACCAACAGGAAAGAUUCCAUUUAGGCAAGAACACUCUGAAACAGAUUACACGAACUAUGGACACAGAGUACGAUCGCAACAUUGCAAAAUGGAUCUUUUCUGUGAAUAUGUCCCAUUCACAAAUGAGAAAGGCGGGUGUUGACCCACAAAAGGUUGUACGACAAACAGAUAAGAAUUUAAAGAUUAUAGAAGAAUGUGAAAGUGCAGUUGUUGAAGCCCAAACUAAGGUAGAGCAAAAGCUAAAAGAGAAAACAAAGUGCAUUCAAGAGAAAGUAGAAGAACGACAGAAUCAAGUCAAUAAACGAAAACGCACUUGGGAUCAAACUGUUCUUGACGAGCUUGAAGAUGAGAUUGAAGAUCUCCAAAACCAUAAAGCAAAGUUGGAAGACGAACUUAAAAGCCCUGAUUCAACUAGCUUUAAGUUAAAAGUUAUUAGAGAAGCAAAGAAUAUAAAUGAGAAGAAGCGAAUUAAAAGGAGAAAGCUGGGGCAAGGGAGGCCUAAUGCCAUAGAUGAAGAUGAAGAGACCUUUGUAGCAAGAUGUAUUGAAUCAAAAGCCACAUAUCAUGAUCGAAGGAAGGAGACAACAAUGUUCAUUAAUAGAAGAGUAAAGUGCAAAAACCUGCUUAAAAUACUUAAUAAACGGAGAGCAGACAAAGGCAAAGCCCCUCUACGGAGUACCACUGCAAUAUGGAAUCGGUCAAAACCAAGACGGCUUGGAACCAUCCAGGCUUCAAGACAUGUAGGAAAGGGUCUGUGGAGCUGCAAAAAGCCCCCAAAAGCAGAGGAUUUGGACAACGAAAACACCCACCAUCAACGUUUUCAUAUAAAAAAUAUGAAAAGAUUUCUCUUCUCUUCAAAAGUCCCAGAAAAUGCUCAAAAGUUUGCGAUUAUUGAAAGCCGAGAUGACCAUGCCUUUCUUCGUCCAGGAACUUCUGUUGGAUUCGAAGGGUCACGGACGCAAAAGAUUUUGACCCCGGUUGCGAAGGAAAACGCGCAGGUUUUACCAAAAUACGAUUUUCCCGAGUCAAAGAUGUACUGUGCACCAGGGGCUCACAGAAUGUUUACGAUGAAAAGCGUCACAGUUGAUGAAAAGGAAAAGUUGGUUAUUGACUCUGAUGAGCAUUAUGUAUUUUGCAGACCAAAGCAUUAUGUUGAUUCAUCGGGUAAUACGUGGGCAAACGAGGAAAUGGAAUUGAGGCAUACCACCGAUAUCUACCAUGCAAGUGACAGCAAAUACUCUUCUGAAUUCACCACGCUGUGUAAAAGGUUAAGAGAUGAUUGUUUCUAUUACUUAGACACAAAUGUAGCUGAAGAUUUCAAAAGAAGUGGCGACAACGAAGAAUACACCAUCUACGAAGAAAAGAGAGUAGCCCAUUUAAAGCGCAGGGUAGAGCUGGCAUUGGAACAAUACGAAAAUCUGCCAGAGAAGAGAGAAAUGGAGAUGAAAACACUCUCAGAUACUCUAAGAGUACGUGAUGUUGUGAAAAAAUGUGUUACACUUCAUACAAACCUUGCAAAAAGCAAAACUGUAAGCUAUCAUUCAGUGCAAGGUGACCACAAAAGACUCGUUAAGUCUUUACAGAAAGUAGUGACACAGAUUGAGGAGCUUGAACUUCCUGUGAUGAAAUCCAGACAGUGUAUUCGUGCUGAUAGUGGUCCAGGUGUUGGUUGUGGAAACCACGAGGUUCAGUUUAGAAUGGCAGAAGUGGCAAGAAUUUCAAAUGCAGACAUGCGAAUAAUUUUGCAUGGCUCAAGAGGAGAUUCUGGUCAAAAUGAAGCCGAACAAACCAACUCUGGUGUCAGUAAUGCUGUUUGUGAUGGUAGCACAAUUGAGUGGGAGAAACACAAGAGAUUUGAAAAUUUGACAAGUGAAGAAAUCGCGGGAUUAACAUAG